AUGGAGUUUCUCAUGAAUACGCCGUUCACUGAAUCCACGUCAACGGCAAACAGUGGAGAUUUUUGUGUUGUUUGCGGUGACAAGGCUAUCGGAAAACACUACGGAGCGGUAGCUUGCAACGGUUGCAAAGGGUUUUUUCGGAGAAGUGUUUGGCAGAAUCUACAGUACACUUGCCGUUUCAACAAGCAAUGUAAUAUUGAUAAAGACCAUCGGAAUGCUUGUAGAUACUGUCGAUUUCAGAAGUGUCUGGCGGAUGGCAUGAAGCCGGAAGCAAUUCAAAAUGAAAGGGAUAGAAUUGGAAGUACGAAGCGAAGAAAACGGAGUGGACCAAAUUCAGAGAACAACUCUGAUUCAGAGGGCACACCAAGCCCAAAAAUGGACACCACGAGCACUUCGAUUUCAAGAAAACUUAUUGAGAUGCUGAUUGAUAUUGAGAACAGACUUCUUAGCAAUCAGAGUAUGAACGCUAUGCUUCGUGACGACAUGGAGCAGAAGAAUAGUCGGCAGAGAGCGGUAAAUCAUCUUAUUGGAUGGACAAAUAUGUUGCAUCCUCUUCCCGAAAUACCACUAGAAGAUAAGAUGCUGAUUCUCAAAAAGUAUGCGCCUUCAUUCACUUUGCUUGGGACCAUGCAGCGCAGCAUCAAUACUUCUCAUUUCGUUCUUCCGAAUGAUCAAAUCCUCAGUCUCUCGUCAUCUCAUCCAGCUGAAUUGAUCCAUGUGAUCUCGAGAAUUCUCGAUGAGCUACUGACGCCACUAAGAAGAAUGAAUGCUGAUCAAUCCGAGUUCAGUUGCCUUAAGGCAUUAUUGCUUCUUACACCAGAUGUUGCUGGGCUCUCAUCAGGAUCUAGAGAAAAAAUUCGAGAUGCUCGUGAUGCUCUUCUGAAAGCGUUGUUUGCUUAUCUUACAAACACUCAUCCAUCAAUUGAAGCUUCAUUGAGGGUUUCCACAUUGCUAAUGAUAAUUCCAUCACUUAUCUCAGUUAGCCAAUCUAUCAUGGAAUACCCUAUGUUGAGCGACUUGUUCGGAUUAGGAGAUAUUACAAAAAAAGAACCACAUCAGAACGAGUCUCAGAAUCUUGUGGAUCCCAAAAUGGUGAUGAACAUGCCUUCGAUGCCAGUGCCAACUUCGAUCUCCUCAAGCAUGCUCUUUAAUAAGAAUAUGAUCGCUCAGCUCAUGGCCAAUCCUCAACUUCUGCAAUAUUUGCCGCCAAUUAGCUCUGCGCCAACCAAUACUUCACCGCCGAUUUCCUCACCUUCGAUUAAUUUCAUAAAAACCCCAAUUACUUCGGAAACGUACAUUCCACCAGUCCAACAGUAUCCAGUUAAAGUAUUUCUCUCUUAG